AAGUACAAGGUCGCUGGGGAAAUACAAUGUCUGGUCACGUACACAGCUUCAGUCAGUGGUUAAUAACAGAUCUGCGUGUUACUUUUGUUGAAUGAUGGAUCAUACAGCUGACAAGUAGAAGGCUGCGUUUUGAAAAACUGACUUGUUGACUGUUGAAAUGGCAGAGCGUCUUCAAACUGUGAUUGGUCAUGUGACAGGUUCUCGGACAAUUCAGUUCGAGCCUGUAUCCGGGCUGCAGACUGUAGGGGGUGGGGACCUCCAGCUGACGUACAACAAACCCCGUCUCUCGCUGGAACAACGGCAGUUCUACGAGGAGAAUGGCUACCUGGUCAUCAAGAAGCUGGUAGCGCAGAAGGACUUGGACAGAUACAGGGAGAGAUUUGAGAAGAUUUGCAAGAAAGAAGUGAAGGUUCCACAGCUCCUCAUCAUGAGAGACGUCAGCAUCUCAAAGUCCGAGUUUGUGCCUGGAGAACAAGCCGUCACCAAAAUACAGGAUUUUAUGAACGAUGAAGUCCUCUUUGACUACUGCUGCCUUCCUCAGGUCGUGGACUACGUGGAAUGUUUCACUGGUCCUAACGUCAUGGCCAUGCACACUAUGUUGAUCAACAAACCACCUGAUCCAGGCAAGAAGUCAUCACGGCACCCCAUGCACCAGGACUUGUACUACUUUCCCUUCAGACCGGCUAAAAGAAUUGUGUGUUCCUGGACGGCCAUGGAACCAGUCAACAGACAAAAUGGCUGCCUUGUAGUUCUGCCCGGCAGCCACAAGGGGGAGCUGCUGGAACAUGGCUACCCUGAGUGGGAGGGAGGUGUGAACAAGAUGUACCAUGGCAUCAAGAACUAUGACCCCAGCUAUCCCAGGGUACACCUGGAGAUGGAGGCAGGGGACACAGUCUUCUUCCACCCAAUCCUCAUUCACGGCUCAGGCACCAACAAGACGAAGGGCUUCCGGAAGUCCAUCUCCUGCCACUAUGCCACGGGCAACAUGGAGUACAUUGACGUAGAGAAAGACCACGUCCAGUCCACCAUUGCUGAUGAGGUGCUGGACCUGGCUGUGAAGAGAACUGGCCUGGACCGAGACCAGAUCAGAUUUGCUGAUAUCUGGAAGUUUAGGAGUCGCCUGGUGAAAGGGGAAGAUUGCAGCACUUGAAGUCAUCAAUCCAGACAUGUAAACAACCAAAGACAAAGCUUUAAGUCCCUUGUUGAUUGGUUCUUGAGUGCUUGUACAAAGUGCUUAAGUGACUUCUCUCCUGUUAAUCCCAUUGACCUCCGUGUUAUGCUGUGAUCUUUGGACAUUAAUCCUGCCUUUAGUCCUAUUCAGCCACAGAAAUUGUAAAUCAGAAAUUGUUUGUAAGACUUGAGCUUGAUAUUAGACAUACACUGAUGACGAGUCAAUAUAAUUAUUAGGUUUGAAAUGGUACGGUUCGUAUUGUGGUACAAGGCCUUUGGUUCUGUCCAUUUCGGUUUGGUAUAUGCGAUAUUAUCAUGGUGGAGAAAACAAGAGCCUAACCGUACAUUGUUUAAUUGGAUUUUUAAAUCUUCUAUACCCAAGAUAAGAAGAUAAGAUUUGCCAUUUCAUGUGUACAAGUUUCUGAUCGACUCAAGACGGUGGAUGUACAGUGUGCCAAAAUGAAUAAGUGUGAAGAAUGUUGUUAAUAUUGUACAAAUAUAUUACACAUAAAUUAUGCAUCAUCCCGGUCAUGUAAAUACAUUUUGUAUAUGUCAGAAAAAACCGUGAACUGAAUGUCUCGGUGAUCUCUAAAUAAAAUUAUUUGUUGAUGAAA